AUGCGUCGCCCUUCGGCAGACCUCACCGACCCUUCGCGCAAUCUAGAGGAGUCUGUUGGCUCACCAUCGUCAGCCAUGGAGGGAGCAGACGUUGACCUAUCCAUGCCCCCGACCUCCGACGAGGAGAUGGACGACACUGACGGCCGCAUCUUCACCCCGCCUCCGCACAUCGCCGCCCGCUUCUACCGGCCGUCCCAGACCCGUCGCAAGGACUCAGCAGCUUCUUCCCGCCGCAACUCCAUCUCUUCUGCUCAUUCCCGUUGUUCCUCGACCCAGACCUUUACCCGCCAUGGAGAUUCUGACCAGAGCAAGCACAUUGCACAGCACCUCCGGCGCACGUCCUUUCUCGAAGACCGAAAAGCACGCCUCGCCGACCGAGCUGCCCACGCCGAAAAGGUUCGUCUGAGAGCCGCCAUGGCUAAGGCCAGCCACCGCGACACCUCCCUAUCCGAAGAACGAGCUAUUGCUGCCCAACAAGCCCGGGAGCGCAACCUAGCUGAGAUCGUGGCUUCCUGUGCCGAGGAGGUCAAGAGGGCCAAGGCCAUUGCAGAGACCAUGAAGGGCAAGAGAGAACAGGAACUGGUCAAGCUCCGCGUUCAGAUGGAAGAACGCUUGGCCGAGGCCGAGCGGAGGAGAGAAGAGUUGAAAGGCCGUAAUGCCACCAAGAGGGCGCGGGGCCAGAGUCUCAUGUCGCGGAAGCCCACUGAGGCCUCUUCGAAUACCUCUGACGAGAAGCGUGCUCGGAUGUUGAGUGAGCCUGAAGCGGCCGAAAAGUUGCAAUGGUGGUGGAAGAGCCUCAUGAGAAGAAAGGCUGUCGCUGAGUUCUCCGAGUUAGGCAUCACCAUUGACGGCGUGCGGGACACGUCCUUUGACCAAGUACUCGAGCUGUUGGCGCAAGAAGAGGUCCUCGUACAGACCGCCCGUAUCCUCAGGAUAUGCGGUUUGCAGGAGGGCGAGACGGGAUCCGUUGAGGAAAUGGCCGCCGUUCGCACAUUUCUCAGCGCUUAUCUCAUUCUGGGCCACCCCACGCAGGUUCUGAGUAACAAGGACGGCACGGGGGAUAGGGAACAGCUGCAGGACCUCGUGACGAAAGCCCGAGAUCUCCUAAUUUCUUUCGAGAACAUCAUGUCGCGUUUGACUGCAGCCAACAACUAUACCCCCCCGCCGACUCUGCGUAGUGCACUGCCCGAGAUCUACGCCACUUUCUUCAACGCGUUCCUUGCGUGGAAGUCUCGGGAUUCGGAGUCUCUUGUUCAGUUGAUGCUCUUGCAAUUUGUUGAGCUGGACAUGAUUUUGCAGACGGUCCAGGAAAGCACCGAGGACGCGGCCGCAGAGCAAUACCGAGAGAGCAUAAAGAGCAAUCAGGUUCAGCUCAUUGUGCGGAUAAAGAAGCUUGCUGGCCAGGAAAAGGGCAAGAAGAUGAUUGGCGAUGCCGUUCGCAAGGCACGCAAGGCACGAGCCGCAAAGAAGCCCACUGGCGAUAUGAAGCCUCGCGUCGCCGAAAACGUGCCCGGAGAGGCUUCCGCUACUGCCGAAAGCCUUGUGUCGCCGGAUUCGCAGACCUUGACACCGCCGCCAACGCCGGCCAAGGGCCAUACCAAACCACAGCCCAUAGAGAUCAAGCCUGGAUUCAGCGGCCUAUUGCCCGAUAACAGGAUUGUCGUCCAUGAGCUUGCCAUUAACCGAGAAUACCGCAUCCCUUCAAGCGAAUACCGGGAACACCAUGCUGCCGUCCAGAUACCCCUAUUUGCGGGGAUGAGAGCAAGCAUGGAGGAAGACAAUUUAGACGCUAGCUUUGCAUAUUUUGUCAUCAUGAUGAGGUAUCUGAAGGACAACCUGCAGCGGCUCGUCAAGCCCGGCGCCUACAUGCACACAACAAUAAGUGAGAUUCUGGAUGUUGAAGUGGCCGAGCGACAGUUCCAGAUGGGGAGCUUCUCAUAUGAGAAGUUUUUCAUUUCCAUGGCAAACCUCUUGCCCAAGUUGUGCGCACCAUUCCGCGACAACGAGGCCAAGGAUCUAGUGGAAAACAAGCUUCAAAACGGGAGCCUGGUUGAUCGCGUGGAAGCAUUGACAGAAUUUGUCGAUUUCAUGUUGUGCGACUACGUCAACUACAUGUUCUCCACUGCAGCUCCUCAGUUGAUUGAGUCUGCACCAGAGUAUGAGAAGAAGAGAUUUACUGGGGCACUUGAGAGCGGUGCACACGAUUUGAGCGCGGCCGAGACGGCGUGGCGUUCUGCACGCUCCAAGGUUCUGGCGGAGGCUCGGAAGAGAGACCCGGAGGGCAUCAAUCACCCCAAGAAUCGGCCAACGGACGACAAAAUAUACGCACAGCUGCUUGUCGACAGUUUCACGCAGCCGGCGCCAAUCGCCGUUGACAAAGUACCCGAGAUGUUGGGCUUGGACUACAAGCGCAUGGUGCGGUUAUCCCUGGCCUCGCAGCGGAUUGUCACCACCGGGGCCAUUUUACUGCAAUGCAAGAACCUCCUCAAGCGGGACGUCCGCACGCCAUGGAAGACGGAGGCGACGCGGAUUACAGCGGUGCUUGAGGCAGAUCACGACAAUGUCGAAUCGACAGUACAGGGCGUCAUGGCGGCUCUAGAAGCGGGCAGGUCUAUGCCAGCAGCAACCAAAACGCACCUGAAAGCCCUCGUUACCAAGGUGCUGAAGGCUAGCCAAGACUCGAUGAAGAAGAGCAUCGAGCCGACAGAGCCCGUGUUGCGGCUUCUCCUGGCCAGGCUCAGGGGCCACAUGAACGCCAGGUUGACUGCUGGUUCAGCAAAGGAGAAGCUCAACGCGGCUACGACUGCGCAUGAGAAGCUGGCGGGUCUUGGCCUGGCGGAGUUCGCGGUGCAGGUUCGGGAGAUGCUAGACGAGAUAUCCAAGGUCGGAGCCGUCGACAGAGCGGCUCACGGAUCGUGGUGGAACGAAGUCGCGGCCAAGGUGGCGGCGGAGGGAGGAGCGCCGGGGGCCAGCGCCAGUGCCAGCGCCGGCAGUUCGGCAUAA